AGAUAGGCACAGCAUACUAUGCAAUGUAAAAAUAGCAAUAAAUUGUUUACAUAAUCCAUUGUAAGGUGGGACAAAACCUUGACAUGCAUGCUACUGACGUUAUACGCUACCUGGUUAAAGCCUAUAUAAAGUACCAACAUUUUGCCUGUGAUAUUACUUAUUAAAAAUAUCAACAAUGAUUCAAGCCAGAAUAAUCAGUGCUUUCCUUUUUCUUUUUGUCAUUUCGUGUGUAUCUGCUGCCUCUAAAACCGGUACCGAAACUAUCCAAGGCUUGGGUAAAAGAAAGCAGGAAAUUUUGAACAAUGGUGGUGGUGUCUAUGAUCUUGCUAUUGCUAUGCUUGAAACCACUGACUUGAAUACUGACUAUGUUUAUGGUGAUGGCAAGACUGGUGACUCAGCCAACUUUGGUAUUUUCAAGCAAAACUGGCUCAUGCUCCGUACUUCCUCUUCGCAAUUCAAACAAUACAGCAAGGAUGACUCUAACCAGGGUGCCGUCUUAAACAAGAAUCUUGCUCAAGAUAUUAAGGCUAGACAGGAAUCUCAAAAGUUUUAUGGUCCUGAUAAAUGGUUUGCUGGUCAUCGUAACGGUGAAUCUGGUCUCAGUAACCCUUACACUCAAGAUAUCACGGAUUACAAGAACGGUGUCAAUUGGAUUUACAGUCAGCUUACAAAAGAUAAAAAGUACUUGUCUGACGACACUAGAUUCUGGAUUUACGUAGUUCCUAUUUAAUUUAAACGCUUAUUCACUUUAGUUAAAUUGUUUUACAUUAUUACUGGCACUUUUAAGUAAA